AUGAUUCCACGGUGGUUAUGCUUUGUGGCCCUGUUGCUGAGAAUAGAAGUCAGAGGGUGGAAUCAGCUGCCACGGAAAACUGUGCGCUUCUCAGGGGUCAACGAGCUUCACCAGGCCUGGCCUAGUGGUAUCUCCCAUUACCUGACAUUCACAGUGGAUGAGAACCGAGGGGCGCUGUAUGUUGGUGCACGGGAGGUCAUAUUCAUGUUGGACCUUAAUAAUGUUGGAAAGCAUUUGCUACCUCCGAUUGUAUGGGAAGCGCCAACUGAAAGGAAGAUGGAAUGUGUCAAUAAAGGAAGGAGCAAUCAGACGGAGUGUUUUUAAUUACAUUCGCAUCCUGCAAGUUUUUAAUGACACCCACCUCCUCGCCUGUGGGACGUACGCCUUCCAGCCCAAGUGUGCUUAUAUUGAGCGGUUAACAUUCACUUUAGAUGGUGUUAACUUGGAAGAUGGGCGGGGAAAGUGUCCAUAUGAUCCAUCCACAGGCCAUACUGGGAUUGUUGUAGAUGGAGUUCUAUAUUCUGCCACUUUGCUCAAUUUCCUGGGGACAGAACCAGUGAUACAGCGCAACAUGGGGCAGCAUAGUGUUAUAAAGAGCGAAUAUCUUGCAACAUGGCUUAAUGGACCAAACUUUGUGGGCUCCUCUCACAUCCUGGAGAGUGAGGGGAAUGAGUUGGGAGAUGAUGACAAAAUCUAUUUCUUCUUUACUGAGCGGGCCCUAGAAUACGACUGCUACAGUGAGCAGGUUGUCUCCAGGGUGGCCCGAGUUUGCAAGGGGGAUUUAGGAGGGGCUCGCACUCUGCAGAGGAAGUGGACAAGUUUCCUGAAGGCCCGGCUAGUGUGCUCUAUUCCGGAGUUACAACUUCAUUUUAACCUGCUACAAGCUGUGUACACAUUGCGCACUGAUCACUGGAGGUCCACACAGUUCUAUGCUGUCUUCCAAGCGCUCUGGGGUGAUGUCUCUGUCUCAGCCAUCUGCCAGUACUCCAUACAAGAUGUCCAGAAGGUGUUUGAUGGGUCAUACAAGGAAUACCAUGAGCAGGCCAAGAAGUGGGGCCCUUAUUCUGACUCUGUGCCCAGUCCCCGUCCUGGAUCUUGUAUCACAGACUUCCACAGGCGUCACGGAAUGAGCAGCUCGCUUGAGCUUCCAGAUAACACUCUCAACUUUGCCAAGACGCACCCCCUGAUGGAUGAUGCCGUCCAGCCUGUUCAUGGACGCCCCCUGCUGGUCAGGAAAGGAGUCAAUUUUACAACAAUUGCAGUACAAAGGACUGAAGGGCUGCGUGGGGAGCCAUAUGAUGCCAUAUUCAUUGGAACAGGGUAUCCUUACAUCUGUCUGGAGUUAGACUUUACUUAUUACAAACAUAGCAUAGUUCACACAUCUGUGUCCUGCCUCCAUGUUGUUGACUUCUUCUUCUUUCUCUUUCAGUCUUUUCUUUUUGCUGGUUCCCCAUCUGGACUGGUACAAGUGCCCUUGGCGGACUGCAGUAAAUACAGAUCCUGUGCAGACUGUGUUCUUGCCCGGGACCCUUAUUGUGCCUGGAAUAUCAACAUCAGUCACUGCGUAUCAUCUAAUGAGCAGUACGGGUGA